CCCUCCGCACCAAACAACACAGACACCGACAGACGCAGAAGCAGCGGAGCCGCAGCAGCUGCACAUUCACCGGCUCCUGUCGGAAAAAGAGCUCCGGACUCGGCAGAUAACGUGGCGACGGUGUUUCUGUGGAAGAACACGGAGCCGAGCACGAGUGAAGAUACAAGUCAAACACCGGGAAAUCCCCGUAACUCGGGGUUGAACACCUCACCCCUUUUCCCUCUCGGGCACGGAGCAACACAGGGAGAAAAUGGAGCACCUGCAUCCCCACUGCCUUAGAUGCAUCAAAAGAAGAUGCAUGGUAAGACCAGAACCAGGGGUUUCCUGCGACCUCAUGUGCUGCCCGCUUGUUUGCGGGGCAGUUUUUCACUCAUGCAAACUUGAGGAACAUCGCCUGUUGUGUCCGUACGAGCGGCUGCCGUGCCUCAACAGUGGGUUUGGAUGCCCCUUCUCAAUUGCAAGGAUCAGGAUGGCGAAGCACCUAGAGACUUGCCCAGCAAGUAUAGUGUGUUGUACGAUGGAGUGGAACCGCUGGCCCGUGAGCUAUGCUGAUCGCAAGUCCUAUGAGAACUUGAGCAAAGACGUUGAUGAGGUGGAGCAGCUAGACAUGGCCUUGGCCCUGCAGGACCAGCGGAUGCUUUUAGAGUCCCUGAAGGUUACGACCACUGUGUCGAAGAUUGGAUUUAAAGGAGCAGAUGAAAAGGACAAGAUGGCAACAGCGUCAAGUUUACCAGAGACAGUGUUAGGUAAUAGAACUGUGGAAAUGGAAGCGGAGCCCUAUACUGAGCUGUACAGCCCCUCGUCAGAGACUAGUAGAAAUUUGGCAGCGGCUCUGGACAUCCUCACUAAUUCUGCGGAUAUUGAUGUAAUUGUUGGGAAUCUAAAUGGGGAAAAGACUGAUAAGAAUGGAGCCCUCCACAACGGAGAAAAUGGUGAUAACCAUAAUGUUUAUGUUGCAGAGGGUGGAAAGAAUGUAGAUAUGCAGGAGAGCGACUCUGAUUCAGAGUGUGAGCUUGGAGCAGUGGGUGGGGUCGACUUUGCUGUGAACACACAUAGAGAAGAAGAUGGAAUUGGCUGGGGACAAGAAAAUGAUUUUGUAGAGUUGUUUUUUGAGGAAAAGGAAGAUAUUAUCCAGGAGCCAGUUAAUGAUUCCAACCUCAUCUGGCCAGAGAUGCCUCAGAAUUACAUGCCCCUCGUAGCUCUGGGGCCUCCUGUGCCCCAACAAGCACCACUCUCACCCCCUAUGCCAUUGCUGCUGUCCGAUCAUGUGAGAAAUAACUUCUUGCAAGUGCAACACUUACCCAGUGAACUCAGGUAUAGGUGCUUGGAGCGUAAACUACAGAAUGUAGAAGUCCUUAGAGGUAUUAGCAUGUUUACAUUUAAUGGACGUCGGGCUCUGCUGUCAGACCCAUACUUGUUUCGAGCAAAGAUGGAGGACAAGUCAGUUGAUACGUCUGACCUGGAGGUAGCAGACGACCCCUUGGGUCUCCACGGCAUCGACCUCAUCACUGCAGCUCUGCUCUUUUGCCUCGGUGAUUCUCCAGGAGGCAGAGGCAUCUCCGACAGCAGAUUUGUUGAUGGCUAUCACAUUGACUUUGGUACUCAGACGUUCUCCUUCCCUUCAGCCAUUCUUGCUACCAACACCAUGGUGGGGGACAUUGCUUCAGCCUCCGCCUGUGAUCACGCCAGCCCACAGCUUUCCAACCCCAGCCCCUUCCACACUCUCAGGCUGGACCUGGUGCUCGAAUGUGUGGCUCGAUACCAAACCAAACAACGCUCCAUGUUCACUUUUGUGUGUGGGCAGUUGUUUCGGAGGGAUGAGUUUGCGUCUCAUUUCAAAAACGUACACGGAGAUAUCCACGCUGGACUUAAUGGCUGGAUGGAACAACGCUGCCCCUUGGCCUACUAUGGCUGCACCUACUCCCAAAGACGAUUCUGCCCGUCGGUACAGGGCUUCCGAAUAAUCCACGACAGGCACCUCGGCUCUUUUGGGGUUAGACCUGGUCUACCUUUAAGAACUGGAGAAAACUUCCCAAGAAACACCUGCCACUUUGUUGAUCAGUGCGAUCAGUUCAGCGGUCUUCCAUUCGAGGUUUUGCAACAUGUAGCAAGCUUCCUGGACAGUUUCAGCUUGUGCCAACUAUCCAGGGCGUCCCGCACCAUGAGGGAUGUGUGCGCCAGUCUGCUCCAGAUGCGUGGCAUGGUCGUCCUGCUGUGGGAGAAGAAACGGCGUGCUGAUGGUUCUAAUUCAUGGCAGAUCACAGAUAAGGUGUGGAGAUUCAGCACGGCUUUCGGUACAGUGAACGAAUGGAAGUUCGCCAACAUCGCCAGCAUGGCCGACCACCUCAAGAAGUGCAAGUUCAACACGAUCACCCGCCGGGAGGAGGCCAUCCCUCUGCCGUGCAUGUGUUUCACCAGAGAGCUCACGAAAGAGGGGAGGUGUUUACGUUCAGUUCUCAAACCAGUAGCAUAAGCGAAGAAGUCCGUGUUAGGACAUUUCUGAGACCAUCAGAGUUCCUCCAGUGUUUUCUGUGUUUACAGAUGUUAGUUUCUUCCAGCCUUAAAAAGAUUACAAACAGACUUCUGGUUGGAUGUUAUUUGGUUCACUCCUAUAAAUAAGACAAAGUCAGUUGUGGUCGACUUUCCUGCAAUCACAGAUCAGGAUGGUCACAAUCAAAUUUAAUACUAGCCUUGUAUUUUAUGAGGGAUUUAUUAAUACCAUUGUACUGAAGUUCUACUAUUAUCUACUCUGACAUAGUGUAAAUAAUCAGAUGUUAUGAUGUAGAUUUUUUUUAUUUUUAUAUUGAUAAGUCAGUACUGUGCUACACUGGAGGUAAGAGUAGAGCCUUAAAUUGCGAUACACUUGAUUUUCUAGUCUUGGGGUCGUUGAGAACAUCUCAGUGAGAUUUCUUUACUGCUUCCAGCUGUAACAGUUUACUGGUAUCUUGCACGGUUUUUAUAUUGUAUCCUGAUAGUGAGUGAUGGUGUGUGUGCUGCUUAGAGCUCAUAGAAUUCAUGGCUUUAAUUCUACAUAUUACGACUGACCAAACAUCUGUGUUAGCUCUGCCCACUGUCCACCCAUUGUGCAGGAUGAUCAAGCUGUAUCACUGCGGGUGUUGAUGUGACUCAGAAGAAGGGUUUUGUGGUUUGGUAUGUGGCGCUGACGUUAUGGCAGUAACAAAAGGUGGUUCCUCUUCUCUUCUCCUCAUCUCUGACCAAUGAGCUGGCCUAUUAGUCAGAAUGAGAGGUGUUUUCUCAGAAAAUCUAAAUGUAGCAAGUGACAGAAGAGUGAACGCAGCGGAUAUAAGAAUCCAUCAGCGACUGUGGACGAUGACGAGGAAACUUUGUUUCCCUCCCUCAGUGUCAGACCUCAGACACACCUGCAGGUCAGGUGUUUAUGACUAAAGCAGACACGCACACUUCCCUCCAGUAACUAGCAUAACUAGUUAUGUUCACAUUCAUUAUUUAUCAUGCGUGUAGGUUUAUGGCACUACAUGUCCACUGUGUUGAAAUGUUUUGGUGUCUCAGGGUUACCUUUGUCUCGCAGCAGAUUAUGUGUGCGCUCAACAAAAUAGCUCAGAAGGACACGCUGACUUGAUUCUUGUGGGGUCUUACAACCGACCGGUGUACCACUCAGUAUUAUUAUAACGUAACAGUGUGUGUGUGUGUGUGUGUGUGUGUGUGUGUGUGUGUGUGUUGUUGCAGUGCUCGACUAACAAAUGACAUGUUUUCAGGUUUGUCGUCCAAUCGGGAAUAACUGAACUAGGACGUCAGCUGUUCGAAUGUUCUUUAAAAACAUGGAGUGAUCAAAAUCGUUUGGAUUUGGUAUUUAGGUCUAACGACGCAUGAACACGUUAAGUAGAUUACAUUCUGUCACAACAAACUGAUAACUGGUUAAAAAUAAUGUUCCUUUGAGGGGCAAAAAAAAAUUGUUUGAUAGUUUUGAAGUCUGAUUUAAAGCCCAAGCAAUGUUUAAUCUGUUCUUUUUUUAUUCUAAUAAGUCCUGACCUGAGUUUUGGUUUAUUUCUUAUUUUUGUACUGGUACUUUUAUUUGGAAAGAGACAGAAUCUGUAAUGUCUGGAUUUGUAUUUGGAAUAUUGAUUUGCACAUGAAGGUAUGUACUGUAACAUUAGAAAUCAGGAUGCUGAGGGUUUUUUUUCUCUGCAUGCGAGUUUGAUGUCUUUUGAAAAUGAAUCUGUCAGUACAGUUUCAGACGUGUUUAACUAGUUCACGUCUCAGUUUCGAAUAUAUUUUCGUAUGAACUGUUACAUAAAAAUAAAUCUUCUAUCAUGAUGAAUUUCAGUCAGAUCCGAUAGCCUGCCUCAUUCCUCAAGUUUUAACCUUUUUUAAAUUUGAUGAAGUGGAAUGGGGAACCCGAGCUAUAAAUCACUAAAUGUUUGUCAUCUGCAGCACACUCUUGUUUUUCUUUUACUUCAAUGCAGACAGGUCUUUGCAGGCACCUGGAGUGUAUCAGAAUUUCAUCAGAAUUAUUUUUUUCACUCCUGCUGAAUGAGUGUGUGUUUUUCACCAAGAUAUGCCAGCUUCACCUGUUUGAAUUUUGAAGCAUUUUAAUAAACAGGCUCUCGGUUUUUAAAA